CUCGGCGGAGUUCAGCUGACCCCACGCCCCGGCCGCACGCCCCAGGCCGGGCUGUGCGCGCUAUGGCAGAGUGGGCAAAGCAGCAUGCGGGCAUUACGGGAGUGGUGCUAGAUAUCAGUGGGGUCUUGUAUGACGGUGGAGGAGACGGAGGCGGGGUUCCCAUCCCGGGAUCUAGAGAAGCGGUGGAAAAGAUCAAAGCGUCUGGCCUGAAGUUGCGGUUCUGCACCAAUGAAACCCAGGCCACUCGAGGCAAGUUAGUGGAGAAGCUUCAGCACUUGGGGUUCAACAUUUCGGUGAAUGAAGUCACUGCCCCGGCACCGGCAGCCUGUCGCAUUCUGAAGGAGCGAAACCUGAGGCCACACCUCCUCGUACAUGAUGAUCUGGUCCCUGAAUUUGAUCAGCUUGAUAAAACAAACCCAAACUGUGUGGUAAUUGGAGAUGCAGCGGACAAUUUCUCCUACAAAAAUCUCAAUGAAGCUUUCAGAGUUCUGAUUGGACUGGAAAAUCCUAUUCUCAUAUCUCUGGGAAGAGGACGCUAUUAUAAAGAAACCGAUGGUCUGAAACUUGACGUUGGAGUGUAUAUGAAGGCAUUAGAGUAUGCUUGUGAUGUUCAAGCUGAGGUGGUGGGAAAGCCGGCAAAAAUGUUUUUCCAGUCAGCCUUGGCAGAGAUGGAAGUUGAGCCACAGCAGGCCAUCAUGAUUGGAGACGAUAUUGUGAAUGAUGUAGGAGGUGCCCAGCAGUGCGGUAUGAGAGCUCUACAAGUACGGACAGGGAAGUACAGCAUCUUCUCAACUCUGAUGGAGAAUCUGUUUCUACAUCUCAUGGAACUGGAGACCUGGAAUGUUUCUUGCACCAAUUGGCCUUGCGAUGAGCAACACCCGGAAGUGAAGGCAGAUGGAUACGUGAACAACCUCGCAGAAGCAGUGGACAUUAUUGUGAAACAGCUGCACAAGUGAUCGUGCUGUAGAAGAUACUGAUUUAAAGGCACAAAGAAGUUGGACUUGACAUCUGAAGCUUAGCAUACAGCUCACACACCAGGCUACCUCUUCCCCCGUUUAAUUCAUUUCCCUCUCUUCACCUAAUUUCUACACAUAUGCAAGUAACCAUAGGCAACCAGUAAUGCUAAUAGUUUGUUGUUAACUGCCUGAUUUUCAAAGCGUCUCAUUUCUAGGUACUAAAAUGAAAUGCCUUAAUGAUAAAAACAUUAAACCUAACAGGUGCUUAUGA